GCCUCGCCCUCGGGUCAACCCACGCCCGGCGGCGCUGACUCGGGCAUGUCCUUUGGGCGGCCCCCGUCCAGGCCUGGGCCUCCGGGGCCCCCGGGCGGGAGCGGGAAAGCUACAGUUGGGGUCCAAACAGCUUGACAAACCCUUAGUCUUCUGUGUUCUGGUUGCAUUCUACCUCAGUCUCGUUGGGAGAAGGACUUGACUCCAAACCAGAGCAAUGGCUACAAUGGUGGCUAAGCGAGAAGGGCCUCAGUUCAUCAGCGAAGGAGCAGUCCGAGGGAAUGCAGCCAUUCUGGAUUAUUGCAGGACAUCCGUUUCUGCCUUGUCAGGAGCAACAGCAGGAAUUCUUGGCCUGACUGGUUUACAUGGCUUCAUCUUCUACUUCUUGGCUUCUGUCCUUCUCUCAGUGCUUUUGGUAUUAAAAGCUGGACGGCGGUGGAAUAAGUACUUUAAAUCCCGAAGGCCACUUUUCACUGGGGGGCUUAUCGGAGGUCUCUUCACGUAUGUCCUCUUCUGGACUUUCCUCUAUGGCAUGGUGCAUGUCUACUAAAAAAGUAAUAACCACUUUAGCUGCAAUGGGUUUUAAUGAAAUAGGAGGACUGUUGCCAAAAAUUCAUCUAAACAACUAUGCCAGCUUUUUAAAUUGUUGUUCAUUGCUUGUAUUGUUAAGGCGGUCAGUAACUUAUGUUUGAGUACAAAACUCUGUAGUAUUUGUCUAAUUAAAUUGAAUGUAAAAUGUC